UCAAUUCCACUUGCUUCCGAGAAGGAAGAAGAAAAAACUAAGGCGUCUUCUUUUCAUUCUCCCUGCUGUUGCUCAUACAGAGCAGCUUGCUGCUCCCAUGGAUUCAUUUGAUUGCUCCCUCGAAAUGGAGCCAAGGACCUUGAGAUCUGUGCAAUUGGAUGUGGCAAGGGAACAAGCAGCAAACGUCCUCAAGAGGGAGACACCUGAAGACGCAACGAAAAUCUUCACUAAGGGAAUGAAGCCAGUGGAGGACAUGGGAAGGGAAGAAAUGCUGGGACAAUUGAUCCAGAGCGUAGAAGGGAAUACCAAUGUACCCUGCGAGUUGUAUGCUUCGAUUGGUGAUGGUGGAGAAGGAAUCCUUGAGAAAAUCCACAUUGAAGAACCCCUUACUGCUCCGUUCUGAGAUUCCCCUACCUUCGAAGAUUUGUGAAGUCUAGACGACACGGUAGAUGUAAAGCUCCUGUUCAUAGCAUGAGAUUUGCUUACAGUUUAGAUGUCAGAAUUGGUACAUGUAAGAGUUUGUGUUGCCACAGUAUAAAGGUUUUAGUCUUUCAGAUUGAAUGAUGAGCAACGUAGGUCCGGAAUUUUGUUUCCCUAUCGGAAGUAUAAUCAGUAUGCUAAGUAUUCUAGUCGUGAAAUAAGCACCUCCCUCUGUUAUGCACCAAUUUUUC